CUUCAGCAUAUAAAUGCACCUCCGGAUCUAGCGGUUUGUCAUUUGGAGUAGAACAGAACGGAAAUAAAAACAAAUAAUAUUGAAAACAUGGUGAGUAGAGGCAAAGAAUUGUCCAAAAUUUCAGAACUCAUCAUGAAGAGCAUCUUAAUUGAAGAUGGAAAUCCUGCUCGAUAUCGUCUGCAAACAACAACAGAUAAUCUGAAUCAAUCUGAGCCAUACAGAAAAAUCAUCAUUGGUAAAAGAGACCCAGAGAAAGCUCAUAAAAUCAUUCUGAUGGUGGGAGAAACAGGCACUGGAAAAACAACCCUCAUCAACACUAUGAUCAACUACACGUGUGGUGUUCAGAGAGAAGACAAGAUCUGGAUUGAGAUCACAGAUGAUCAGAGUGACAGAACAUCAGCUCACAGUCAGACCUCCAUCAUCAGUGUUUAUAUACCAGAGAGUUCAAUCGACCUAACAAUCAUUGACUCACCACCAUAUGGAGACACUCGAGAAACUGAGUGUGAUAAUGAGAUCGGCAGGAGUUUCCUGCUUUUAUGUCAAUCUGAUAAUUUGAUCCAGCAAAUCGAUGCUGUUUGUCUUGUGAUUAAAGCAGAUCAAACUCGACUCACUGACAGACAACAGUACAUAUUUGAUGCUGUUCAGUCUUUAUUUGGUAAAGAUAUUAAAGAAAACAUUGUGUUACUCUUCACACACUCAAAUGGGCUUCCUCCUAACAAAGCUCUGACAGCCGUCAAAGAAGCUAAAGUCAAGUGUGCUGAAAAUGAGAAGAACCAGCCCAUCUAUUUUCUGUUUGACAACUGUCAGUCAGAGACUCUUGAAGAAGAAUAUCAAACAACCCAGAAACAAUCGUGGGAUCUCAGUAAUAGAGGAGUGGCACAGUUUUUUAAGUUUCUUGACAAAAUCAAUACAAAAACCUUAAAUUUGACUCAACAAGUGCUGAAACAUCGAAAACAGCUGGAGGCAAACAUCUCUAAUCUCCAAUCACGUGUUCAAGAGAUAGAACUGAAACAAAAUGAGCUGAAGCAGACUAAAGAAGCUCUGGAGAAACACAAGCAAGAUGUUGAAGAAAAGGAUAACUUUGAGUACACAGUUCAAGUGCCCUACAAAGUAAAGAUUGAUAUUGAUCCUGCUGUAGCUAAAAAGGCAUUGUUGUGCACUGUCUGUGAGGAGAACUGUCACUAUCCAGGAUGCGGGUGGGUUAUAGAUCUCUCCUGGUGUGAAGUGAUGAGAAAUAAACACUGCACAGUGUGUACAAAUAAAUGCCACUACAGCAAACAUGUCAAAGAAGGUAAAAUAUAUGCAGUAAAGUCUAGAGAAGAGAAGAUGACCUAUGAAGAUUUAAAGAAGAAAUAUGAAAACAAAAUGAGUGAUUAUGAGUCUUUGGUCAACAAGCUGAAGGAUGAACUUCAUGAAUUAGAGAAAGACAAAUUAAAGCUGCUGAUUGAAGCUUAUCACAGUGUGGAGUCUCUGGAGAUGAUCGCUCUGAACACUGGUUCUCUGUUCAUACUUCAGCACAUUGACUUUCUCAUUGAGAAGUUGAAAGAAAUCAAAGAGCCUGAAAAAGCUGAACAUCUAGAGAACAUAAAGAAGAUAAAAAAUCAAUAAUCACUUGGAAAUAUGAAAAAGAUUUACAACGAAAUAAACAAGAUUAUCGCUCAUUAACUCUUUCACCGCCCUUGACAAGUUAUCUCAUCAUUUAAAAUAAAACGCUUCCCCGCCAAAAACGAGUUUUUACGGCAAUCAGUGUUUGUACUGUUGUACAGCAGGUGGCGCUGUUACACACCUUUGGGAAAAAGUACAGAAUCCCAGAACCUAAAAUAUAUAUUUUUCAGCGGUUUUUAAUGAUUGUUCUGAGUGUAAUCUGGGCUGUUUCUCAGCUUUUUAAUCAAAAUAAUGCUUUUUUGAAGAAACCUACACACAUCAACGGAGUGAUAAAAAACAAACUUUUUUUAUAGAGGCUGGCGGCCAAUGAGUUAAAGGGGUCAAAUGACAUGGCUAAAACAAAUAUUAUUUUUAGUUUUAGAUGUAAUGCAAUGUGUAUAUUUAAGGUAAAACAAAGUGUUUUCCACAUACAGUGCAUGUUUGUCUCUCCUCUUUGACCCGCCUCUCUGAAAAGCGAGGUGUGCUAUGAUUGGCCAGUUAACCAGUGCAUAGUAAUUGGUAAAAUACUGCAAUCGUGUGACUGAAAUAUUACGCCUCUUACCAUAUUUGGAACAUUAUGUUCCCAAGCAAUUGUACUGACAGGUGAUAAACAUCCAUCGGUACUUUCAUUAUCAAUUCGAACCCGAAUCUGAACCAGAAAAUGAAGAUGAUGAAGCCGAUACAUCAACUUCGCCGACGCGACUUGAGCAGGAUGUAAAGGCUUGGUAGCCUAAUGUUUUUUAAAUAUAUAUUAUGCUAAAUAGUUAAAAACUAUAAGUAUAAUUUUUUUUACCUUUUAAGUAUGAUGUUAUAAAGAUUUGCCGUUAGUGAUCAAACAAUGUUACACCAUGCCGAUUAUAACAAUGCAAAUGUAACGGGACUAGGUGAUUGACAGCAGCGUUAGCCUAUCAGCAAGUAGUAUCUUCUAUUUAAAGCCUGAUUGGUUGUUACCUGGGAUGCAUCACUUCCGAUUUCCCCGUUUGUUUUGCUCGUGUUGAUGGAGGUUGUAGUGCAGCUUGGUGAUGGUGCUCUUCUUUUGUACUGCUUAGUACAUUUGAUGACUGUUCGCCUCUCAGGCAUGACUCCCUGUGUCCCAUUGCGUUAUCUGUGGGUAUGACUGUGACCAAUCCUUGUCUAUUAAGCGUGCUAUCUGGCGUGAUAUCCUGAUGGAUUCUACCUUUCGUUCUAUGCUGUGAUUUUUUUUUUGUGCUGCUCGCCGACACGACCACCACCAUAAAUAAAAAGGGGACUGCUCGUCUGGCUCUUAUCGUGGUGUUUUAGUGCCCUGCUUUAUAUUUCUGGCAGGUGUGGGAGGACUAUUUAGUUCCUUCCACUUGUAGGGGAGCUAAGCUGCUCUGCUUUUCUUUGUAAAACUAAUUAAGUUUAGUUAAGUAAAGCUAAUUAAGUAAAGCUCCUAGCUUUGGAUGCAUGUGAUCAACCAUCGAUUAGUGUGACUCUAUUUGUAUGUGGUCAUCUACUGAAUUCAAGUUGUUUUGUAGUAAUCUCAGGUGACCAACUAUUUGAUUCUUUUGUUUUCUGUCUAUAUCUGUUUGUAAUUGACAUUCAUUGCUGUGAGGACUGGUUUCAUUAGUGAUGUCUACAUUAUCAUUUUUUUGUUUAUUUCUAUAGUAUCUUAUUCUUAUUUGUUUAUUGCAGGAGCUGGGGUCCCACGGUUAGAUUGCUCUGCUCUUCCUCCUUGUGGUGGUGGUUCUUCUUUAUCAUGUGCGGUGUGCACUGUGAGUGCUUGACAGUGUCAUUAGACUGCACGCGUGUGCGUGGACGUGUGCUUUGUAAAAUCGAACUCCACAUUGAUUACGGCUCCAUGUUAAUCCCUACUGUUGGGAGCCUCAGCCCUGCCGGUGUUGUUUAGUUUUUGUUUUACAUAUACACCUAAUUGCUGUAUAUUAAGUUAGGUUGUACAUGUUUUUCUUUUUGUUGAAGUGGGGUUUCAGUGUCUCUUGUUUUUUUAAGUGUCCUAAUAUUUUAAAUCACUUUUUUUAUUAAUAAACAUUUGUAUUUUUGUAUAUUACUCGCCUCUCUUCUAAUUCUACGAGGGAACCGAACCUGUGUGCUUUAAGUGUUUGAGUAUUUUCCCUGGGAUUAACUUUUAGCGUAGUCGGACUGUCUUAUUAGUAAACAACUUGGGUUUGUCUCAAAUCGCAGCGCCACAAAUAAAAUGUAUUGUACAGACCGAUCAAAUGGCUUUAUAUGAAGCCAAUCGUUAUGAGCCGCGGGAAUUACUUUUGUAAUGAAUGUAGCAGCGUUUUGGACUUUCAAAUGUGUGCCGUCUCAGGAUGUGCAUUUCCUAAAGCAAACCAGUCUUAAAGUUUCUCAACUUAUUUGAAAUGUAAAGGUGGGCCAGGUAAAGAUGAUUGGCAGGCCGCAUUCAGCCGGCGGUCCGCCAGUUGACUAGCCCUAGUCUACACCAAACAAGAACGUUUGAUUUUAUCUAGUAUCUAUCUGUGUUUUCGAUUUCACAUGUGUUCAUUAUUUAUCUACGUCAGCCUAUGUUCACAUUUGACUCAUUUUUCGAGGUGCUAUCGUCUGUUUUACAUUAUAAUCCUAUUGAGUAAAUUGUUUUUUCAAAGAGUCCUGAGCGCUUUUUUUAAACACCAGCUCCUGCGACUUUCUCUGCAGCUCAGAGCGUCUUCUGAGGUUGAAAAACACCCUACGUCAAGCUCCUUUCCCCAGCUAACCAAUGACUGAGCCCUGUCGUUUCCAUAACAACAUGCAAGGUAAAUAAUUGGUCGAGAAGGCUCCAACUUGCAAAAAAUAAUGGCAGCUGAAACACCCGUUCCAGCAUAGUUUUGUAUAAAUGUACGUUUUUUUUUUCUCUCUCUCAACAACUUCUGAUUGCAUUUCUUUUAAUAUUUGUUUAUUGCCUUUUAAUUUCCAUUUACUGUUUAAAUGGUUUGUUUUGUCAUUUUCAAUUUUCUGAAUUGUAUUUUCAAUUUCUGUGUAAUCUUUUAUUAAAUAAAAGCUUUAUAUUUUGAUGGUU